GUCGCCGUACACUUCACUUGUUUUGGUUCCUGGCGGUCGCUGGGAAGAUGGCGGCGACGUUAGAGCGGGUCAGGAUUUCUGCCUCCGAAUUACGGGAGCUGGUUGCAGCCAGCGACAGCCCUGUAGCCCGAGAAACCAUUAAGGAGAUGAAGGAGCCAAGACAGAGAAAAGAUAAUAGACGACCAGACAUUGAAAUAUAUAAGCCUGGGUUGACCAGAUUAAGAAAUAAACCCAAAUUAGAGGCAUCCGGCAAUGGUGGCAAUUACAGCGAAGAAUAUCAAAAUGACAAAGUCAAAGACUGUGAACCUUUGGUGAAUGGGAUAAGCCCAGUUGUCUUGUGUGGGGAUCAGAUCCAAGAUGAAGAUCUCGCAUUGAAUGCCGAAAUCAAAGAACGAAAAAUCUCAAAAAGAACCAAAAAACCUGACCGACAAAUUUACCAACCAGGAAGGAGACAGCACAUUUCUGUAAAAGAAUCUUUGAGUGAAAUUAUAGAAGAUGAAAUUGUGCGAAAAACUGAAAAUAUAAAACUCGAACAUGAGGAAAAUCUUGAAAAGUCUGUCACAAAUCAUAAGAUUCCUUUGGAAAAUGGAAACAAGGUUGAAAAGUUGAAGAGAUCAGAGGCAGAGAGAAUCACAAAGGCUGGAGAAGAAGUGUUCUCACUGAAGCCUGGAAAGGAAGAGAGAAAGAUUGGGUCGACCAAACGUUAUUCCCACUCUGACAAGCGAAGGACCCGCACGCGAAACUGCAGUACCAGUUCUGGAGGAAGCAACAACAGCAGUGAAGAAGCCCUCUUUGCAGAGGGCAACCGGAGGCGUCAAGACAAAGGGAAGUCAGCUGGAGAGCGUAAAGAAAAGGUGCGCACCAAAAAUCAGGUCUCUCUUUCUUCAACUGAUUCUUAUGAAGAGGAUUAUAACGAAUGGCUGGAUGAAUCACUCCAGAGCAGAAAUCAAUGGAAGAAAAGACAGAGCUCCAGUGAAAAGAGCUGCCCCGAAAAUAUGGAUAGUGCCAAGAGAUCAAGCAGCAAAGAUAACCAUGAAGGGUUCUACAACCGAGAACCUUCCUGUAAACCAGUCAUUGAUGAAGAGAGGACCCGGAAACGAAGUGAUAGACCCAGUAACAAGUGCAGCAGUGGCCUAGAGAAGCAAGAAUUAAGGGAGAGAUCAAGUGAGCCAAGAGGCAGAGGCAGAGGGAUCAUUAUUCUUCCAGCUAACACUGAUAUAUCCAAUGCUACUGGGACAUUAGAACCAAACAGCACAAAGCCAGCAUCUACUGCCUGCAGCAAAUAUGUCCGUGGCAGAGGCCGUGGUGGAGGUAAUCGUCGCCUCUGGGAUCCCAAUAACCCUGAGCAAAAGCCUGCUUUGAAGAACCAGAGCCCCCAACUUCACUUUCUAGAUACUGAUGAUGAGUCCACACCUACAUCACAGAGUGAUAGCAACCAGUCUAUCCCUCAAGCCUCCUACUACAAAUUUCAGAAUUCUGAUAACCCGUAUUACUUUGCUCGUCCACCCUAUCCAUAUGCUGGAUAUUCCAUGCCUUAUUCUUUAAGUCCCAGCAAUGGCAUGUAUCCUGGUGGAUAUUAUCCUGGAUAUCCAGCUCAGUCUGCACAGUAUGGUACUGGUUCAUAUUCUGGAAGUCCAGUAAUGCCAGAGGAAAUUGAGCAACAAGUGCGAACAAUACAACAGCAAGAGCUGAGCCAACUCCUGAGAAUGGCUGACAACCAAGAGCUCCAGCUCAGUAAUCUUCUCUCCAGGGAUUCACUCAGCACAGAAGGCCUGAGUAAAAUGGCUAUGCUUAGGUCAGAAUUACUCCAACUCUAUGAGCACUGCCUCAUGACUGACAUUGAAUUCUGUGACCAACACAACGUGGACCAGUUGCUGUGGAAGAAUGGAUUUUACCAAGUUAUUGAGAAGUUUCGCCAUUUCUUAAAAGAGUCAUUGGGUGAAAGUGAAGCCAUCCGCAGACAGCUGCUCCAGGUUUUAGAUGAGGGAACACUCUUUUUUGAAAGUUUGCUUCAGAAGCUGCAGGCAACAUAUCAGUUCAAGCUUGAGGACUACAUGGAUGGAAUGGCUAUUCGCAGCAAGCCACUACGUAAAACUGUAAAGUUUGCUAUAAUCAGUGCCCAACGCUCUAUGAUAUGCCAGGGGGACAUUGCCCGCUACAGAGAGCAAGCAGCUGAUACCUGUAACUAUGGGAAAGCUCGCAGCUGGUACCUAAAGGCCCAGCACAUUGCACCCAAGAAUGGUAGACCUUACAAUCAGCUAGCCCUCUUGGCUAUAUACACGAGGAGAAAACUGGAUGCUGUUUACUACUACAUGCGUAGCCUAGCUGCCAGCAACCCAAUACUCACUGCCAAGGAAAGUCUUAUGAGUUUGUUUGAAGAGACCAAGCGCAAGGCUGAGCAGGUGGAACAGAAGUCACAAAAGGAUACAGAAGCAACCACUUGCCGUAAUCCCACUGAAGAUACCACUCGAGUGGAGAUAUGGAUCCACCCAACACAAGGAGGUUAUUCCAGUAACUUGAGCCCUGGGAAUGAUGUUCUGAAAAGUCUUAGUCCAAGUGAGCUGAACAAACGCUUCCUGCUCAGCUUCCUGCAUGCCCAGGGGAAGCUCUUCACCAGGAUUGGAAUGGAAACUUUCCAUGUGGUUGUAGAAAAGCUUCUUAAGGAAUUUAAAGCCCUACUCCAACACAGCCCAUCUCCUAUUGGCAGUACCAGGAUGUUGCAGCUCAUGGCUAUCAAUAUGUUUGCUGGGAAUAAUUGCCAGAUCAAAGAUAACCAUGUAGAGGGUUACCGUUCAGCGAUACAGGAGCAGGCAACCUCUCUGGGCCUUGCAAUGUUCUCUCUUCUCGUAAAUAGAUGCAUCCAGUUAUUGAAAAAUUUACUGUCCAAACAAUACAAUGGAAAAGCUGAUGUAUCAGAGGAUGACAUGGAAGUGAAAGUUUCUUCUUUUUCAACUGAUCUUAAAGAGCUUCUGCCUAGUGUCAAGGUGUGGUCCGAUUGGAUGCUGGGCCACCCUGAGACAUGGAAUCCUCCACCCAAUCCACUGAUGAGCAGCAAAGAUCCUGCUCUGGAUGUAUGGAGUAUGUUGGCGGAGUUCUGUAACGCACUGACCUUUGUGAACCAGUCAGAAAUACCUCUUUAUAAGGACCCGGAUGAUGACCUAUCUCUCCUGAUCCUAGAAGAAGACAGACUUCUCUCAGGAUUUGUACCUUUACUUGCUGCUCCUCAAGAACCAUGUUACGUGGAGAAAACCUCAGACAAGAUUAUUGCUGCGGAUUGUAAGCGGGUCACAGUACUGAAAUAUUUCCUGGAAGCACUGUGCGGACAAGAAGAGCCUCUGCUGGCAUUCAAGGGUGGAAAGUAUGUGUCGGUGGCACCCGUCCCAGACGCCAUAGGAAAGGAAACAGGAAGCCCGGAGGGAAACCAACUGGAAGAUCAGGAUGAUGUAGUGAUUGAAGCGUUUGCAGAAGAUUCUGAGCCAGAAAACAGCGGGGCAGAGCAUGAUUUCCGAGAGCUACGUGCCAAGAAGCAAGCCCUGGCGAGGAAAGUGGAGGAGCAGAAGCGUAGACAGCAGAAGAUUCAGGCUGUCCUUGAUGGCAAGACAAGACACCUGGAGCUGGAAAUCUGUCCCUUAUUCCUGGUCCCUGACACAAAUGGUUUUAUCAAUCAUCUCCCUGGACUGCAGCAGCUUUUGUCAUGUCAAGUCUAUAUACUAGUUAUUCCUCUUAUAGUUAUCCAUGAACUGGACGGCCUUGCAAAAGGACAAGAUGUUGAUCAGCGCAGUGCUGUGCAGGCUCGAUCUCUUCAGGAGAAGGCCAGAAAAGCCAUACAGUUCCUAGAACAUGGCUUUGAAGCUCGAGACCCCUUUAUGAGAGCACUUACAAGCCGUGGCAAUGAGCUAGAAUCUAUUGCCUUCCGGAGCGAGGAUAUUUCUGGCCAGAAGGGAAACAAUGAUGACCUUAUCCUGUCAUGCUGUUUGCAAUACUGUAAGGACAAUGCUAAGGACUUCAUGCCGUCAAAUAAAGAUGAUCCAAUACGCCUGAGAAGAGAAGUCGUUCUGCUGACUGAUGACCGUAACCUCCGAGUCAAGGCCCUGACCCGACACGUCCCUGUGCGAGACAUCCCUGCUUUUCUCAAGUGGGCUAAAGUGGGGUGAAGCAGCCAAGAAUCAGUAAAGGAGAAUUCUUGUGUGCAAGGAAAAAAAAAGAGAAGAAUAUCCAGUGUGCGACCCGCCGGGGCGAGAAGUCGUUACAGUCAGUCCUGAUACAUCAGUUCAAUGCCCCAUGUAAUUCCACACACAAACGCACCUCAGACUCAGUCCAUCAUCUGAAAUAAUCUAGAACAAAAGCUGAAAAUGUUCCCUUUAUGCACCCAUAUCAUGAGCCUGCUGUAACUUGUCUGUUAGUUCAGGUGGAUGGGAGUGCGUAAAGAAGCGGCUUAUCACUGUAUGUUGGGUCUGACUAGUCAGUGAGGGUGCAGAAUUUAGUAAGAUGACGAUCCAGAGCAGGAUUUUACGGGCAGCUUUCCUGCCAGGGGCACAUGUCCAUUUUGUUUUUCGUUCUUUCUUUAUGCACCAGUGAUGCCUGCAUCACCAGGCCUCUUUCAUAAGAAGCAAAGGUCUUCUUACUGGUAGGAUCUUGAUUAUCUUAUUUCUUUAAUAACCGUUAUCUUCUUUUAGCUUAUUGAUUUUAUUUUUUGUAGUUUUAAUUUUCAUUUUUUUUAUUUGAAAGUAUUUCUUUAACAUCCCAGGUUUCCCAGUUCUUAGUUUGAUAAAGCGGAACAAAGUUUGGCGCAGCCAUUGGUUGAUACAUAACCCCCUCCUCCUUUUCCUUUCUUCCCAUCUUUUGUUUCUUCUUCAUUGUUCCUUUUGUUUUCUUUUUCUUUUUCCCUUUUUCUUCACUUUUACAGCCAGCCUCACCCUUUUGUUGUAUGGGGAGAUGCGUAGGUGUGGCCUUUAAAUUCAGAGAUGAAGGAUGAUGUUGCUCUGUUAGUGUACAACAAUGCUUUUCCGUUACUUGACCGGUCCUCAUCGCUACACACACCAGGUUACACAGAUGUUCUCGGCAGGUUUCCCUGGCAGUGAACGCUCAAAGCAUUUUCUGUCAUUCCCAGCCAAGACCUGACAUCUGAAAAUCCUAAAAGUCUUCUGUAGGUCCUGAUGUCAUCCUUUUCCCUAAUACUUUAUAAGAUCAGUCUGUAGGGAUAAAGGCAGAAAUCAACCACAUGGUUCUGGCUGCAUGCUAGUUGGCCUGGACAGUGGUUCUUUUUAACUCCUUUUUGUUGCUUAGAGUGGCCAGCCUCACCGCUGUGCCGUGCCGUGGACAGCUCAGGCUAGGUGCAGGACAUUAAUCCUGCAGAAGAAGGCUCUCAAUGGGUAACUUUUCUACAUUUUAGCGUCCAGCCUGAUUUUUGGAAACUAGAGUAGCGCAUAGAUAAGGCUGGCUCUGGUUGUACUGUAUUGAACAGAGGUUAGUACAGUGGUCAUAUUCUAUACAGAUAAUAGGUAUGACAGAGGAGACUAUCAUUUUUACGUUGUAAUCUUCUUUUACACAGAUUUUUGUGGAAAUAGUUUUAGUGCGCAGAGAGACGUGAUGACGUUAUGUGGGGUUGUGUUGCCUGAGUGCAGCUUUUUUUGUUUGUAGUGAAGCAGACAUUAUUCUUUUUUUAUUCUGUUAUUUUUUUCUGUAUAGCUUUUGUGAGGCAAUGUACCCAGACAUAGCUAUUCAUAAGUAGUAUUGGUAUGUGUAAACCCUUUAGCGUGUUGUUUUCUGAAUUUAUUUACCAUUAUUGGUGUCUGCAACCAGCCUCAACGUUCUAAAUCCCACUAUAUGCACUUGCAGAGAAGCACGUUGAGCAGAAACACCACCUCUAUGAUAUUCCAGGCAGCAUGCUCAUAAUCUAGCAUAGCACAACUGUUAUAGUCUUGUGUGUCCCUCUGUGUAUUCUCUAAUGCUUCCCAUCCCUGUCGCAUGAAUGGCUUCCUUUGUUUAUAUCCUUAUUUUUCCAUUUUAAUUUUUUUUUGCUUGGAAGGAAUUUUUUUUUGUUGUAUACUAUUUUUAGAUCCACUGUUGGCUGACAAAAAUAUCUUAAUAAAUGUUGUUUUACUGUAAUCGGUUUGUCCUUUUUUUUAUUCUUUGUGAAUUUUAACCCUUCACCGUAUAUCACUAUUAUGCAUGAGAAUUAUAAUAGCCCUGAAUUAGUGUAAAUAUUUUUUAAUAGCACUCAGGUAAGUAAUGCUUGUGAAACAUAGUGCCCAUUGUUGUUACUGACCCCCCACAAAUCCUGAUUGAUGUAUACAAUGCAUCUACUUUCCUUUACAGGACUAUACAUAUUACCCAUUUGUGUAAAAAUCAGUCUUU